AUGGCUGAUUCUCCCAUUACAAACGCGCCAGUUGGCCCUCAAGAGAAGCCCAUCUUGGAUAAAUUGUUGUUGCUCAGAGACAAGCUCCUUCUUUUGAAACAAGACAAAAGCACUUACGUCAAGUCCUCCGAUGUCCUCCCUCUUUACGAGCAGGUCAUAGACCAGGUCUCCGCCCUCAACGAAGCACGAGGCGCCGAACAUCUGGUGCAGAACCGGGUCGAUACCGUUCUCGAUGACUCGCUCCAACUCAUCUCUCUCUUUUUCAUGGCUAUUGGUCGAAAUAAUGAAGCCCCUGCGCUGUACUCCAUGACCGGUACUAUAAUGCGCCUGUGCCAUCACCUCAAAGAAGCUGCUUUCUACAGCAAGAAAGACCUGGGCAGCCUGGAACACUCUCUGGCCAAGAUGGAGGCUACGUUAGAGCGUGGAAAGGAAGUUUACUCCCACCACCUGCUCACUAGGAUACAAUAUCGUUUGGAAAUCUGCCAGAAGCUCCUUGAAGAGAUGAGGUCUUUCUUGUCUGUCCUGUCUCCAGAGAUGGUUCCCACUUGGGAAAAACUCGUUUCCAUUCUGCGUGCGAUCGCGGCCUUGAAUACGCGCAGCAAGUACAGUGUGAAAGAUCUUCAUGAACUUCGGGAUCAACUGGUCCAGUUGGAGACAAGCAUGAAAAACGGACAGUUGCCAGAUGAAGCCGGAAAUACAUCAUCUGGGCAGGAUCUUGUGGUGCCCCUCCUGCACAGGUGCCUCGCUUUCACGGACAUUGUGGAGCAAAAGAAAGGCAAAAUCGAUGAACGAUUUCAGGACACUUACGACCAACUGAUCGAAAUUCGAAAUCAGCUGGACCGCUUGACUAUGACCCAGGCUUGGUCUCUCCGUGAAACCGAUCUUUAUAUGUGGCAGAGGAAACUCGACAGGAUCGAUGACUCCCGCCGGGAUGGCAAUUUCUUCGAUGCUGAAGGACGUCCUGCUGAUUUACAUGCUCAGAGAACACUUUUGUAUCUCAUCCGACGAGGCUACGCAUACAUAUAUCAACUGUUAAUCGCCUCAGAACCUGUUUCGGAAGCUCUACUUCCCAUCUACAACCAACUUCUGACCUUGCGCAGAUGUUUAGUCGAGGUCAAGAAGGCAGGUGGAGUGUCCAACCCUCGCGAACUUUAUCCCUACAGUAUGAAGUUGAACUCGAUUGACAACAUGAGAGUUGAUGGGAAAUUCCAAAUUGGCAAAGACAUUCCCGAAGGCCAGGGAAGUGUCAACGAUCUUCUCGCCGAGUGCUACGAUUUAGCAUACGAGUUAAGGACGGAAGCCGAAACGGAAAAUGAUGAAGAAUGA